AUGAAUUUAAGAACCGUUGCGAAUGAUGCUGGCUUUGAGGCCAGUGUGUGACUUUAAGAUGCAAAUCUUCUCUCUGAUUCUUUCCCUCUUCUUCAUCGUUAUUAAUUUUGUUGAAGGGGGCUAAUUGCUAAUGGUUAUUCUCAGAUGUUUAUUUCGCGGGCCCUCCUCUUCCGCUUAACCUUCACCUGCCGACAAUUUACUCCCCUAAUAGCCCGACGUUUCAAGCGUUCCUUAGUAGCCUCCAGGCCAGAUCUCCAGCCCUCGGCGCGUCGAAAAAACCUCCAGGAUAGCAAUGUGCCUCUCUACCCGUGCAUCGACAGCCAGGGCAUGAACGUAAAGAGCGUAGCCGAGAUACGCAGGGAGUAUGGGCGUAUCGUUGCAACUGGUGGGGGAGGCGAUGAGAGUGUGUCAAUUGAGCAAUUGGUGACCGUAAGAGGUGGGUUUUCAUCACCACCGCCAACACGUUGUUGGGGGAGGAAUUUUGUGCCUGUAUUUAUUGUUUAUUGUAAUAAUGAGAUUGGGUUUUCCGUUACGCUUCGAAGGCAGAAUCAGGAAUUACCGGGAUGUGAGCUCGAAACUGAUCUUUUACGAUCUCGUCCAGGACGGGGAGAAGUUGCAGGUUGUGGUUAACUGCGCGAGAGUCGGUGGGGAGAGGGAGGAAUUUAGGAGGAUCUCGAUGCUGACGAGGAUUGGUGACGUCGUUAGUUAGUCUUUGUCUAUUCCUUAACGUGAUUAUUGUUUUUAUGGGCUGACGGAAUUGUAUGGGAAAGGCGUGACGGGGUAUCCGGGCCGUACCAAGGCCGGCGAGCUCUCUAUCUUUGCGACGGCGCAUCUACAACUCCUUGCUCCCUCCCUCCACGCCCCCCCACAAGCAAUUUUGGACCCGGAAACGCGCUUCCAGAAUCGGCAUGUUGAUCUAAUGAUCCGGCCGGAAGCCGGACAAAUUCUCAGACUCCGCUCGCACAUCAUCCAACACAUCCGUGACUUCUUCAUCUCACGUGACUUCGUAGAAGUCCAGACGCCGAUACUGUCAGAUACUUUUGGCGGCGCGGUCGCAAAGCCCUUCCUAACGGAGGCCACGAGUACUUACCGCGGCAAGCAGCUGACCCUGCGUGUCGCCCCAGAGCUAUGGCUGAAGCGUCUAGUAAUCGGCGGCCUAGACCGUGUCUUUGAAAUAGGCGCGCAAUUUCGCAACGAGGGGAUCGACAACACACACAAUCCCGAGUUCACUACGUGCGAGUUCUACCAAGCGUACAUGGGACUGGAAGACAUCAUCAGCACGACGGAACAGCUGCUCUCUGGCAUGGCACGGAGGGUCUUGGAGUUGAAAGCGACCAAACUGAAAGACCUCCCAGAGAUAGCAACGGAUUUCACGGCGCCCUUCCAAAGACUUGAGUUUAUCCCGACGCUGGAGGCAGCUAUGGGACACAAAUUGCCCAUUUUGCACGGGAGCACCGAGGUUGUGACGCUAGAACUGCUCUCCCUCUUCAAGAUCCUCUCCCUCCCCCCACCUCCAAUACUAACCAUCCCCCGCCUCCUCGGCAAACUCUCCUCGGCGUACUUGGAACCGCAAUGCAUGGCACCAACGUUCAUAACAAACCACCCCGAAGCCCUCUCGCCUCUGUCAAAAACCAGCCUGGUGCACAACCAGCGUGUGUCCUUGCGCGUGGAGCUCUUUGUGGGCGGGAAAGAGUUGGUAAAUGCCUAUGAAGAGGAGAACUCGCCGACGGAACAGAGGCGCAAAUUUGUUAUGCAGGCCGGGUGGAAGGACGAGGAUGUUAUCGGGGGUGGGGAGGACGGGAAGGGGGUGGUCGACGAGGCCUAUUGCCAAGCGCUGGAGUGGGGCUUGCCGCCGACGGGCGGGUGGGGAAUCGGUAUUGAUCGGUUGGUUAUGAUCUUCGCGGGGGCCGAAAGGAUCACGGAGGUGUUGGCGUUCGGGGGCUUGAGGGGGGCGGUUAAUCUGGGGAGUGGAGCGCGGGAUGCGAAGAAGGAGGGGGAGGAAGGAGAGUAA